GGAAGUGACGUCGCAGUGAGCGGCAGGUCAGUUAUAACAGCGGCUCGCGGCUCCGCUUACGAAACCAAAACAAGCCGAAGCGUCGCGCUGCUCAUCCGGCUGCGGACCGUCAGGCUCCCGGUAACUGCGUCAGCGGCUCCCGGUGCUUCUCUGUGCUUCUCCGUGGUUCUCUGUGUCCCCGGCGGUCUUCCUGGUCAAACCGGUUCCAGGUUCAGCGGGUUCCUGUCUGUGUUCAGCGGGUCGCAGCGGAGAUGUUUGCCCCGGGCAGGAGCGCCUCGUGCCGCCUGUUCAGGCCGCUGGUCGGGCUUCAUGUGCGGCUGGGAGCCGCGCCGAGAGCCGCCAGCUCCCUGCAGAAAGAGCUGGUGAAGAGCCAGGAGGUGGAGGCCGGCGAGCUCAGGCCGCUCUACAUGGACUUCCAGGCCACCACUCCCAUGGACCCUCGGGUGCUGGAUGCCAUGCUGCCCUACCAGGUGAACUUCUACGGGAACCCGCACUCCAGGACGCACGCGUACGGCUGGGAGAGCGAGGGCGCCAUGGAGCGAGCCAGGAAGCAGGUAGCGGACCUGAUUGCUGCAGAUCCCAGAGAGAUCAUCUUCACCAGCGGAGCCACUGAGUCCAACAACAUGGCUAUCAAAGGCGUGGCCAGGUUCUACCGGGCCAAGAAGCGUCAUGUGAUCACGACUCAGACGGAGCACAAGUGUGUCCUGGACUCGUGUCGUGUGCUGGAGGCCGAGGGCUUCGACGUCACCUACCUGCCCGUCCAGAAGAACGGGCUGGUGGACCUGGAGCUGCUGGAGCGCUCUAUCCGUCCCGACACCUCUCUGGUGUCCGUGAUGGCCGUCAACAAUGAGAUCGGAGUCAAGCAGCCCAUCAAGGAGAUUGGGCGCCUGUGCCGCUCUAAAGGCGUGUUCUUCCACACGGACGCCGCUCAGGCCGUCGGUAAGAUUCCCCUGAACGUCACGGCGAGCAACAUCGACCUGAUGUCCAUCAGCGGACACAAGAUCUACGGACCCAAAGGUGUGGGUGCUCUGUAUGUGCGUCGUCGGCCCCGGGUGCGUUUGGAGCCGCUGCAGAACGGGGGCGGGCAGGAGCGGGGGCUGCGCUCGGGCACCGUGCCCACCCCCCUCGCUGUGGGACUGGGCGCCGCCUGCCUCAUCGCUCAGCAGGAGAUGCAGUAUGAUCACCACAGAGUGUCCAUGCUUGCGAACCGUCUGGUGCAAAAGAUCAUGCUCGAGCUUCCUGAUGUCGUCAUGAAUGGAGACCCUGAACAACGCUACCCUGGCUGUGUGAACCUGUCCUUCGCCUAUGUGGAGGGAGAGAGUCUGCUGAUGGCACUGAAGGACGUGGCGCUGUCGUCUGGGAGUGCGUGCACCUCAGCCUCCCUGGAACCUUCCUACGUUCUCCGAGCGAUUGGAGCUGAUGAAGACCUCGCUCACUCCUCCAUCAGGUUCGGGAUCGGCAGGUUCACCACAGAAGAAGAAGUGGACUACACAGCAGAGAAAUGCAUCCAGCAGGUGACCAGGCUGAGGGAGAUGAGUCCCCUGUGGGAAAUGGUCCAGGAAGGCAUCAAUCUGAAGAGCAUCAACUGGACUCAGCACUAGGCCCCGCCCACUUCCUGGCUCCUGCUUCCUGUUUAUAAACACGCACAAACUUCCUGUCUGACUUGAGAGUUUUUCCUUUAGCUGGUUUCUGUAGGAACCCUCUAGAGCUCUGUCCUGCUCCCUCAGCGUAGGUGACCUGGCACUUUGAGCUCCGGUGGGCCAUCCCGCCGCCCGGUGGGCCGUCCCAUCGCCCAGCGGCGCCGCCUGACGGGUUUUCUGUGAGGUGAGAGAGCGGAGGGAACAGUCUGAGGCUUGUGGUCGGCUGAAAGCUCGUUUGGUUUCUGCUCUGAGCGGCGCCGUCGGCGCGGCGUUCGCUCGUCACUGACACUUGAACUCUGACCCCGUCGCUUCCUCAGUCGUCACGGCAACCUGACAUUACAUGUUCAUUGUUGCUCCCAACAGUGAACAUGUAACGUCCAUGUGAUACGGCAGAACAGAGCGGCCCUGCCUGUCUCUCUGCUCUCUGACAUCACGUCUGUCAGCCAAUCACAAGCCACCAGACUGGAACCCUGAAGGCGGCGAGCCGGCAGGUCAGCUCAGCUUUAUUUACACACUGCCAGAUUCACAGAGCACAGACGAAAAAUAACAACAAUAGACAACAAAAAUAAAUAUAAAUAAAUCAAUAUAAGGCUGUAACAUUACUUCAAAAUAAAAGCCUGAUUAAAAAGCUCGUUCUUUACUUUGAGCAGCAGGCGGCCUCACAGGGCUUUAUGGGACACAGAGCUGGUCUGGGACCUGCUGCUGGUCCAGGGGUUUGGGGCAGGACGUCCUCAGGUAGUCAGACAUCAGAACCACAGCUGACAGGUUCUGCUUCACAUCUCCUGAGGCUCCCUGUGCUCCCACAGGUCACAACAUGCAGGCUAAAGGUCAGGAGCCGCGUGGAGCUGAUUGGUCAGACAGGUGUCAGCUGAUUGGUCAGACAGGUGUCAGCAGGUCUCUUUUUGUCCAGUUUGGAGCUCCAUCUGCAGUUUUGGCAUCAGAGCACGUUUUGGCUAAUUACCCAGAAGGCAAUGUAUUUCCUGUUGCUCCAUGCCAACCCUCCAUCCAUUUGGUUCCUGUGUCGCUAACCGCUAGCGGCUAGCCGCUAACUGCUAGCCACCAACAUUACCAAGUUGCUUGUUUUUGUUAAUACUUAGGAGUCAGUGACGCUCACCUGAGGAGCCGCUUCCUGUCAUCAGGUCAUCAGGUCAUCAGGUCAGAUCUGAGUCGCUUCAAGUUCAGACACACCGCUCCAGAGAGAGAGACAGACAGAGAGAGAGAGACAGACAGACAGAGAGACUCCUCAGGGGGGCUCAGUCUGGAGGUUUUGGUCCGACCUGAGUGGGACGGAUCCUUUCACACCUAAACAAACCAAUGGCAACAAACAGGGAGACAGAUCCAUUCAGUCCAACGAACAGCACACCUGUGAAAAUGCUGGAAAGACUCCCUGUCUCCCCGUCUCCCUGUCUCUGUCUCCCUGUCUCCAUGUCUCCCUGUCUCCCCGUCUCCAUGUCUCCCGGUCUCCCUGUCUCUGUCUCCCUGUCUCCCUGUGCUGAUGGUUCGGGUCUCAUGUGUCCCAUCAGUGUUAGUGAAGCAGCUUCAGUGUGUGUCCUCUGUGUCUCAGGUCUUAGGAACGAAGCUCCUCAUUAGUCAUUAGACUUCAGUAUCUGCUGUGUUUCUGCUGCAUCUUCAUCCAAUAAACACCAGCUGCUCUGCA